GUUGAAAACUAAAGUUGGCAAACAAAGAAAGGCAGCGUAAUAACGCAUUUAAACGUUAAAAUUAAGUUUUCUGAAGUGAAAGUUAGUUAGUUUAGUGCUUAUUAAGUGUUUUGUGUACGAUGUUGGAUUUAGAAAUCGUUCCGGAGCGAUCCCUGGGUUGCGAUACCUGGGAAUUCGUACUUGGGAUGCAUUUCUCUCAAUCGGUUGCCAUCAUACAGAGUCAAGUGGGUACAAUAAGAGGCGUGCAAGUUUUAUAUAGUGACCAGAAUCCAUUAUCAGUAGACUUAGUAAUAAAUAUGCCGCAGGACGGUAUCCGGUUAAUAUUCGACCCGGUCGCUCAGCGCCUCAAGAUUAUAGAAAUAUACAAUAUGAAAUUAGUUAAGCUUAGGUAUAGUGGCAUGUGCUUCAAUUCUCCGGAGAUCACGCCGUCUAUAGAGCAGGUGGAGCACUGCUUUGGCGCUACUCACCCCGGUCUCUACGAUUCGCAGCGGCAUCUCUUCGCACUCAACUUUAGAGGACUUUCAUUCUAUUUCCCUGUUGAUAGUAAAUUUGAGCCCGGUUACGCGCACGGCUUGGGCUCCCUACAAUUCCCUAACGGCGGCUCUCCUGUCGUCUCGCGGACUACGAUCUACUAUGGAUCACAACAUCAGUUGAGCAGUAGUAAUAGCAGUGGGCGGUGCGCGGCGCCGUUGCCCGAGUUGCCGCUGUCGUGUUACAGGCAGCAGCUGCACCUGCGCCGCUGCGACGUACUGCGCUCGCCCACCGCCACACUCGCGCUCCGACUACACAUGUACACUGAAGGUUGUUCGCGGUCAGGUGAGGGCACGCAGUCAAUCCGGCGCGUGGUGCGUUUCGGUGACAGUUGCCAGGCGGUGUCUCGUGCACUGGCGGCGCCCGCACGUCUCUACUACAAGGCGGACGAUAAGAUGCGCAUACACCGGCCCACCGCACGUCGCCGCCCACCUCCAGCUUCUGAUUACUUCUUUAACUAUUUCACCUUGGGAUUGGACGUAUUGUUCGAUGCGCGUACGCACCGCGUCAAGAAGUUUGUGUUGCACACCAACUACCCGGGACAUUACAACUUCAACAUGUACCACCGCUGCGAGUUUGAGCUCACCGUACAACCGGACAAAAGUGAGUCGAACACGUUGGUGGAAAGCCGUGGCGCGGUUACAAUCACGGCGUACAGCAAGUGGGAGACGGUGUCUCGCGCGCUGCGCGUCUGCGAACGCCCCGUCGUGCUCAACCGAGCCUCCUCUACCAACACCACGAACCCAUUCGGUUCUACAUUCUGUUACGGAUACCAGGAUAUCAUAUUCGAGGUGAUGUCAAACAACUACAUCGCGUCGAUAACUCUGUACCAGCCGGAGGGCACUCGGCCUCACUAUGCGGUCAACUCUAUCGCGUGACAUAGCCAGGCUUCGCCAAGCAAAGGGAAGUACACGUCUUGAAUGCUGUGUUGUCAGUACCAACAAAAACCUCCACUAGUGUGUCAACACCGGUUCGGCAAUAUGUCACUCGAAAUUAUUUUUUUUAUUCUGGCAAUAUGACUCUUACAUAUCUUACAAAGCACCUAAGAGGAAGCAGUAUUUAAAUAAAAAAAAAUGUGAUAAAAACUGUGCAAAAAAACUCUGAAAAAUCUUACAUAAGUGAAUGACAGAUCUCAAGAUGGUGUGUUAAAUAGGUUAUAUUUAACU